AAUAUUUCAUUUUCAAAUAGCUUUGAAACGAAAGUACCGCUCUUGCUUCAAGUCAUCAGCCAUGACCAUCUCAAAGGCUUUAAUUGCUUCCAUUCUCAUUUCUAUUCUCGUCAUCCAUCUUGUUGAAGCUGAUCAGAUGGUGAACGCAGAUACAACAAAGGGUUCUCCCAGUAAAAAAAUAGAUUGUGGAGCAGCAUGUAGUGCAAGGUGUCAGUUAUCGUCUAGGCCAAACCUGUGCAAGAGGGCAUGUGGGACUUGCUGUGCUCGAUGCAGCUGCGUUCCUCCGGGCACUUCCGGCAACCGUGAUGUAUGCCCCUGCUACGCUACCAUGAUCACCCGUGGUGGCCAACUCAAGUGCCCUUGAAAAUAUAUCUCAGACUUGGUUGCGUUAGUCUUAUAAGAGAAGAAUGGAUGAGAAGUGUCUUUAAAAUUUAAAAAUAAAUUUGCGUACUAAAUAGAUGCAUAUCACUUCGUAUAAAAGCUAUUAAAAGAAUGAUUUUAUUAAUUUUUCUUUUAUGAAAAAAGAGUUGUUGUAACUUGUAA